UUGCCAUGUCAUGUUUGCAGGUCACAUUGCAGAUGGCGCCUGCCAGCAAGGAGUGACGCAAGCACGGGAAUCCCCGAUGACAUCCUCCACAGGCCCUUCACUUAACUCUCACUCUGGAUGCUGCCCCCCCUCGCAGGAGCAGGACACGGACAGCCGCAGACCGGGUCAAUGCCUGUCCAUCCAAACUGCAAAAGGAUCCGUCGUGUUCACAGUUCACCUCGAUGGAGGAUGGAGCCGGAGAUUUGAAGACCAUGGUAUCCGCUUCAAUGUUGGUGCCACGCAGGCGGAGGAAGGCUGGGUCCAUCGCCGUCUGGCAGUCCGGGUCCAUGCCAUUCAAAGGGCCAGAGAAGCUGAAAUGAUGCGAGGUAGAGGAAGGCAGCGGGGGCGGCGUCUGUGGAAAUGGCUGCCUCCCUGCUCUGCCCUGCGUGGCUGCCUGAUCGGAGCUUCACGAUCCAUGCCAUGGAGUGAGUUAUGGUGGGUGGGCUAUCAUCGUCUUGGGCAGCUCUGGUGUCUGGAGAUGGCGUGGCCCGUGAGCAGUUCUAAUGGCGGACCGGGCCUGUGUACGUGACGCCAAGAUAUACGUGCAGGUAUGGUCCUCCACUUUUCCCUUGUCGAUCUAUUCCUCGCAUCUGUGCCGUCGGUGAUCUGUUCUACGGCCAGAGUUGGCUGCGAUCCAUGCCCGGCUACGGCUAUGCUAUGUGUUGAAUUGAAUCUACCGAUUGGCUGAAGAGAUGAUGAUGAUGAUGCUGACAUCGUCGGUUCUUGGUACGUGGUGGUAGGGCACGAGAAUUUAUUUCUACAGGCGUAAUAUAAAGUGGCUUGGUUCGUUCAUUGCAUGCAGAGUUGCAGAGUCAUCAUAAAUUCGCAAGCUAUACUGCAUACCUGAAUCCCCAACAAGGUACAUCUGUGUCCGUAUAUCUGGUGACCACUGACCACUCCGUUCGUAUAGGAUGUGGAUCUACAGUAGCUGUAAAUGGGUUUGCCUGAUGCACUUUCAUUUUUGGUCCUUGACCACCUGACAAACAUUUGCGAAUAAGUAGACAUCUUUCUUUCCAGGAAGGAAAAAGGGUGUGAAUAUACUCCUUGGUCCACAUCAGUCAUACGUACUGUCAUAUGACACUUGAAUUACAGCUGAGCUGCUCAUAUGAAAUACGUGAGGAUCGGAUCGGAUCGGAGUGACGAACUGAGGGACCCGUGCUGUGUGCUGUGUGUGCUGUGCAUAGGCAGGCCGCAGGCGUUGUUAGUACGUAGAUGGAUGGAUCGUAAACAUUAUUAAAUGACUGGUUGAUUCGGGUAUACGACAUGGCGAGCCAGCAAAGCAUGACAUUCCCCCUCCCUGUGUCCCCUGUGAGCUGUGACUGUGUCCCUUAUCCUUCUCUGUUCCUCAGCCGGCCGGCCGAUCGGUACUGGUACUGCUCGUCUGCUCCUAUUGUAUGCAGAGCAGUAGGCCGGCCGUAUCGACAAGCCCAACAGACGAUGGAUCAGAUCGGAUCUCCCCCUCCUGGCUCGAGUAGAUCUUGACCAUCCGUGCUCCAAUCAUGCUCAUGCUCGCCGCGCUGCAGCCUGCAGGCAUGCCAAUGGCCAACCCUAGUCACUUACACCUCUGGCCCAACAUGCAUGUCACAUUCUUGGGAGUUAAGAGACGAAGCCCAAAUUUUGUGUCGUCUGAGAAAUGCUGUUCCGUGUAUGUGACCAGACGACUGAGACGACCAUCAAAGUCGCAAGAGAGCUAGCUUAGCUGUCACGCUCGCGAAAGAUCAACGUCUGGGAAAGAAAGGGUUAUAUUAACGGCGACAGGUAGAGAUAUAAUUCACCACUGGGGGUCUGGGUCCCCUUUGUUAUCAUUCCCUUUCGGAACGGAACUGUCAUUCAUCGCGUCGUCACUGCCAUGUGGGGCCUUUUGAUUGGUCGGCAAAUUCUCGGAUGGCAGGUGCACAUGUAUAAAGAGAGGGGCGCGAUGAGACGGUUCCUUUUACCAAUCAUUCCCUACUUAUAUUUAUCCGUUCGUCAUGCGGCCGAUCAAUUUCUUUUUACCAUACAGUCGUCGUACAAACUGCACACAAGGAUAAAUUCGUACAAAACCUCACCAUAUAUACUGUACAUGCUGAGCACUUCCAUUCCAUAUAUACACAGCACACAUACAUACGAUAAGCUAGUAGUGUAGUGGCACUGGCAGUAGCUAGGCGAGGCGACCCUAGUUUUUAUAUAGAUAUCCCUCUACUACUAGUAGUAAGUGCUCUCACAUCGAUCGCUCACACCACUGAUCUGACGCUACACGCUGCCUUCUACUAUCCUCAUCACUUUUGUUCCACUACUUGGCUGCAAGUCUCUGCGGCGGCAGUGGCACCACCAACGCCACGCCGCCCACUAGCUAGCUCCCCUCGGGCACGACAGGCAGCGGCAAUGGCCGCCGCCCAGCGACCUUGAUCGGACCCACCGCGCGCGCGGCGCCGGGUUGGCGGCAUGCCGGACGACGCCUUCCUCUUCUGCGCCGAGGACGCCGCAGCCGCCUUCGUCUUCGACGCCGCCGCCGCUGCAGGGGAUGUCGGCGACGGCGACGAGGACGACGACGAUGACGGGUGCUGCUCCGCGGUCGAGGACGAGGAGUCGGCGGCCUCCAUCGCCGAGCUCAUCGGCGGCGAGGCCCAGUACUCGCCCAGGCCGGACUACCCCGACAGGCUCCGGUCCAGGUCCAUCGACCCGGCCGCCAGGGCCGAGUCGGUUGCAUGGAUUCUCAAGGUGCAAGAGUACUAUGGAUUUCUUCCAUUGACAGCCUACCUCGCCGUCAACUACAUGGACCGGUUCCUCUCCCUCCACCGUUUGCCGGUUGAGGGCACCAGCAGAUACGACUUCGACCCUGGGACGGUCGGCCGGAUGGAGCUCAUCGUCCUGACGGCGCUCAACUGGCGGCUCCGGUCGGUUACUCCCUUCACCUUCAUCGACUUCUUCGCGUGCAAGGUCGAUCCGGGAGGGAGGCACACCAGGUGUCUAAUUGCCCGGGCCACGCAAGUGAUUCUAGCUGCAAUGCAUGACAUCGAGUUCUUGGACCACUGCCCGUCAUCAAUGGCGGCAGCGGCCGUGCUCUGUGCCACCGGUGAGACGCCGUCGCUGGAGUCCGUCAGCCCUGGGGCUGCCGUCAGCUGGUGCAUCGGCCUUGCAGAGGAAGGGAUCAGCAGCUGCUACAGACUGAUGCGGCAGCUGGUGACUGGCAACGUCCAGACAAGGGUCGCCAGCACGACCAUGGCAGCAGCAGUGAACCUGUGCUGCUCGGAUGAGGUGCUGUCCUCGCACUCCUCCUCCAUCUCCACCUCCUCGCCUCCCCCGGCGAAGAGGAGGAAGAGGUCGCCGACGACGGCCACGUGAACACUGAAGGACGCAAGUAGAUAGCAUUAUUUACAUGGUUUUUUUGGCCGAUUAACAGGGUUUGAUCGAUUUCUUUGCAGUUUGUUGUGAUUCUUUCUUUUAUUUUUUUUCUUUUGCCAUUUGUUCGUUCUCUUCUUUUGGGGUUGGAUCUCUACGCUACGCCUCGGUGGUGGGGGCUCUGCCUGCUAGAUCAUCAGCCCAGCCAUCAUGGCGGCCUCUGGCCUCUGCACCGCCAGCUACAACAGAUGAAGGUGACGAGAGAGAAAGGCAGCUACAACAGACACAUCUGUGUUUCUCUGUGCAACACUCUGUGGGGCUUCUUCAACCCCGACGCAGAGCUGCAGAGGAGCCAUUGAUUGGUCAGCGAGGAAGCCAUGGCGACAGAGAUGAAGAGGGUGGCAUGAGUUGCGGUGGAUGGGUGAUGAUUGGUAGGGUUAAAUGACGUGGUCAAAGGGCCUGGGCGGUCAGGGCUCCUGCCAAGAUGCAGCCCUGCCUGCAAAGUUUCUGUUCAUAUUCAUGAGGGCAAAAAUUGUUUGUUUCCGAGUGGUUUGUUUGUAUUUUGUUGAUGCUUCUGCUGAGGGGGGCAUGCAUGCUUUGCUGUGAUGGGGAGGCACAUGGAUAUGCCCUAGCUGGUGUGGUGCUGCUCUGGAGGGAAAUAUUUGCCCAUCUCCAGGGCUAACAGUGUCCAAGCAUGGGGCUUUUGGGGGCCCCUUGCUAAUUGUUUGUAUCUCUUCUUUCUUGUUUAUGCAUCAAUAAAGAAUUUUGCCAUUUGAAUUGGCUUGAGAAGAGAGUAAAAACUAAA